AACCCUCAUUCAGUGUGUUGAAUCUACUAGGGGGUGGACGUGGCAAGUUGGUGCUCACUUACAGGGGAGACGAACACAAAUAGGAGUAUAUUUACUAUCUACCGGGUGAGCACACAUAGUUACUCUUUGUACUAACAGGUGUAUUUUUGCGAGGCACAGGAUUGAAAAAAGUGGGAUCAAUCUUUCGGCGCUAUUACAUGGUGAACUUGGACUUUGGAUUGCAGUAAAUUCAUUUGCAACACAUUAACAGAAACAACCAGACAGAGUAAACAUUAUUUUUUAACAUACAGGGAGGCGUACAUAGAAAUCAGGACCAAAGUAAGCGGUUGUUUUACCUAGGAUAAGACAAGAGAAGACGGCACGAAAUUUAUUCAUUGCGAUAUGAACUUGUUACAGUGAGUUACUGGAGUGGUGCAUACAAGUUCAACAGGUGUAUUUGUAUCUAUUUCCAGUUGAUGUGUUUCUUCGUGUAUCGCUUGAAUCAUAAUUGCUCUGAUCAGAAUCAUCAGUGAGAGACCUAAGCCAAGCACGCUCAGGAUUAAAAUGUGGAAAUAAGCGAGACAAAUUACUCCGGCAACAAAUUGAAAAAUCGGAACAUCAAAUUUCCUCCUACAUUAGAAAGGAAAGAGGCACACGAUAAGGCUAAGGGGAUCGAAUCAUCUCGGUGUGUUUUCGCUUGUGGAUCAUAGAGCGAAGAGAGUUUGCACAACAUAUUACUUUUACCAAGUCGAAGGAGGAUCAUUCGCGCCGUGUAUUUAGAGUAUUUAGAAGAAGUAUAUCAGGAGUGCGAUUGUGGGUCAAUUUGUUGACCGUUUGUACCUAUACCAGGCCUGCCUGCAAGGUGAGAAGAUGUACGGCAAAGUUUAGCGAGGGUGAGCUGAGUGGUCUGAGGGUAACCGAGCAAGACAAGUGACCUUACGACCGAGGACUGCCUGCUGUGGCACUCAGUUCCGGGAGCAGUCUACCCAACACACCAACAUCCAGGAUGGAUUUAUGAAACAAAAGAAGAUAUGAUAGAUUUAUAGAAUAUGAUCAAACAUCUAGCCCGCUGCCUCUUGCAGUUAACUAACGAAAAUUCACAUGAAUCGAAUGUACUCCGAUUUACAUGUAUGGAACGUAUACGACCCGCAAAAAAUAAGCUACGGAACAAUCCCUGCACCACUGCCCAUACCCUCUCGCAUAGUACAUGUGAGCCGAGAGAGACGUGAGCGUAAGUGACUAGUAAGAAGAAGAGAGGGGACUGUACCCUUUACGUACAAUUCAAACAGGAAUAUAUGACGAUAUAAUAAUACAUGUGACUUUACCGAUGGUGUGCACAUAGACACAUCGCAAUGGAUAUAACGGACUUUGCCUUUAUACUGGUGUGCCUUCUAGGGAUCCUGACUCAAUGUCUGGGUGGACGGAUAAUCCCACCCGCUCAUUACCACGACGAACUACAAAGACGCGUGGGCGAUCACGAAAUCAUCAUCCCAACACUUGUUGAUCACAGGGGUGACUUCUUAUCUUUCGAUGUCAUAAACAGCAGGAAAAGGACUCGAAGGCAUGCUCCUAGCGAGAAUGAUGUCGAGCAAGAACACUCCUCGCCGUCAUCGUCAGGCGUGGUCGGCGAAGAUGGUCGACCACAUCGCUAUGUUCCGCACCAUGGUCGAAUGAACUACAAACUCUCUGCAUACGGGAAUGAAUUUCAUUUGAACCUUACGCUAAACCAUAGACUCACUUCCAAAGCAUUCGUUGUCGAAUAUUUGAACUCGACGGGGGUUGAGAGACGGCAUCGAAACGUCGACGUGUGUCAUUAUCAUGGCCAUAUCGUGGGUCAUAGGAAAUCAAGUGUAGCUAUCAGUAAUUGCCGUGGAUUACAUGGAUAUAUCAGAUCACAUGAUGGGGAGGAGUAUAUGUUGGAACCUGUGGACCAUUAUAAAAAGUUUGUGCGGGAGGGACAUCCUCAUAUUAUUUACAAGCGUUCAUCACCCCCUCACCAAGAGGAACCUGAAGAAGAAAAGGUGGCAUGCUCAGUUAAAAGUAAGUCUUCAUCUCUUUUUUGUUUCUUUAGUAUAAUGAAGAUGAACUUGAUAUUGCAUUUGUGCAUAGUGAGACAAGGAAAGCAGUUCAUUGAGAUGGUAUCAAUAAAUGUUAAGUUAAGUUAAGUUUUAAAAAAGUCACUGGCUGGCUGUCAAGUGAGAAGGGAGAAAGUGUGUGUGGGUAAGUAAGAGAGAGAGAGAGAGAGAGAGAGAGAGAGAGUGUUGAAAGACAGACAGAGAGUUGAAAGACAUACAGGGGCACAGAAAUACUGAUUGCAGAAAACUAGUUACAAGAGAGAA